CUCAGGCAAUAGGUGGCACUGAUGGACGAUGUCGUUUGCGCUGUCCCCGAGAAAACGUCACUGCGGAAGGGAAAGAGGCGGAGGAGAAGCCGGGAUCGUGUCCUCACUCGCAGAGCGGCCGGGCGAGGACGAGCAGACAGACAUGUGGCGGGAGAUCCUUCCGAACGCACGGGAGAGCAUCUUGUCCCAGAUCAGGUCUUUUGAAUAUUCUCAGAAGAAUGCAGCCCUGGUCUCUGCGGCUGCCCUGGGGCUUGGAGGGAUGCUGCUUUACUGGCUCAGAUCUGGACGCAAGAUCAAGACUAUAGACAUGGGUGAUGGCUGGUGGGGCGCAGGCGAAAGGCCCCUCAAAGGGAAGGAAGAUGCAAGCAUCCGUCCCUUCAGGAUUGAAACAUCUGACAAAGAAAUCGAGGAUCUGCACCGGCGCCUGGAUCAGUUCCGCUUCACACCGCACGUGGAAGGAGCCGCCUUCCACUACGGCUUCAACUCCAGCUACCUGCGGAAGGUGGUGGCCUACUGGAGGAAUCAGUUUGACUGGCGCAAGCAAGUGGAAGAGCUGAACAAAUACCCCCACUUCCACACCACCAUUGAAGGGAUUGAUAUCCAUUUUAUCCAUGUGAAGCCAUCCUACGUUCCUCAUGGUCGAGCUGUUCAACCUCUGCUGAUGGUCCAUGGCUGGCCCGGCUCCUUCUAUGAGUUCUACAAGAUCAUCCCUCUGCUCACAGAGCCAGCCAAGCACAGCCUGAAUGAGGGUGAUGUAGUGUUUGAGGUCAUCUGCCCCUCUAUCCCAGGAUAUGGCUUUUCAGAGGCCCCUCACCAGAGAGAGUUUGACUCCAUAGCAACUGCUCGGAUAUUUCAUAAGCUGAUGAACAGAUUGGGCUUCAAGGAAUACUACCUACAGGGAGGAGACUGGGGAUCUCGUAUUACUACAAACAUGGCCCAGAUGCUGCCACAAUCUGUGAAAGGGCUUCAUCUGAAUCUUGUUUUCAUCGCCAGACAAAGUUUGGGAAAGUUGAUUAGUACAGUGCUUGGGGCUUACGUACCAUGGCUUGUAGGCUUGAGUAAGGAAGAUGCUCGACGUUUCUACCCUUUCAUGCAGAAGAACGUAUAUGACGUCCUGCGAGAGUCUGGAUACUUACACAUCCAAGCCACCAAACCAGACACUGCAGGUUGUGGACUGAAUGACUCUCCAGUAGGGCUUGCUGCAUAUAUCUUGGAGAAAUUCUCAACCUGGACAGACAAAUCAUUUCUGUAUAAAGAUGAUGGAGGUUUGGAAAGCAAAUACUCUCUUGAUGAGCUUUUGACCAAUGUGAUGAUUUAUUGGGUGACAUCCUCCAUUGUGUCCUCAAUGCGAUACUACAAGGAAAACUUUUCCAAGGACCCUGAUCUAAGUGCUCAUAACAGGGUUGGAGUAUAUGUUCCCACAGGCAUUGCAGCUUUCCCUCAGGAGAUUGUACACAUACCACGUGUCUGGGCAAAGGAUGUCUACAAGAACGUCAUCAGUUACUCUUACAUGCCACGUGGAGGGCAUUUUGCUGCCUUUGAGGAACCAAGGCUCCUGGCACAAGACAUCAUGCAGUUUGUCCGAAAAGUGGAACAGCUGUGAGCCUCCAGUUGAAAUUCAUGCAUAGAAUGGAAGCAAGUUGUUCUACCAAUGGCAGAACAUUUACACCGGAUUUGUUUAAUCCCUCGAAAUAUCACAUAUAGAAACCAGCAUUUUAUUUUGAUAAUAAUUACAAUACUGAUUUUUCUAAAUCCAAUUCUACAUU